AUGUGGGCCGACGGAUUGUAUGGAUGCUUCUUUCCAACACUUUCAACAAUAUUAAUAUUCGUUGUAUCUGUUAAUGUAAUAAGAUUUUUAAUUGGAGAAUUUAAUAUUCACAUCAGAGAUAAUAAGAAACAUAAUUGGCAAAUCAUUAAGCAUACGUCUAGAGCUUACUUUUGUAGCAUUUGUGAAUCUCUUGUAUUAGUUGUUAAUGGAUUUUAUUGCGAUUCUUGUGGUAUUUGUGCAGAUCAUGGAUGCAUUAAAAAAGCUGAUAAAAAGUUUAAAUGCAAAGAAAUUUCUUUACCAUUAAGCAAUCAACCAAUGAAGCACCAUUGGGUUAGAGGUAAUUUACCUUUAGUUGCCAUGUGCGAAGUAUGCGAUGAAGAAUGCAGCCUUGAACCAGGUCUUUUAGAUUGGUGGUGUUGCUGGUGCCAAAGAUGCGCACAUCAAACAUGUCGUUCUUCUAUUAGCGAUAUAUGCGAUUUUGGUAUUUUUAGUCAAUUGAUUAUUCCACCAUCAAGUUUGGAAAUUGUUACCAGACACCAAAAGAUACGAAGGCGUUUACAUUUUCGUUCAAUAAUACCACCACCAAUGUGGCCAAAAUGGAAUCCACUUAUAGUAGUCGCGAACAAAAAGUCAGGAAAUAACGAAGGAUCUGAAAUACUGUCUUCUUUUCGGAGAUUGUUAAAUCCUGCUCAAGUAAUUGAUUUGUCAGAACGUGAUCCCGUAGCUGCAUUAGAAUGGUGUCGUUUAUUAGGUGACGUUUCAUACACAAUUGUGGUAGCUGGAGGUGACGGUACAGUCGCCUGGCUUUUGGAUACUAUUCACAAAUUACAAUUGAACCCAACUCCUGCUGUAGCAAUUCUUCCAUUAGGAACAGGAAAUGAUUUGUCUAGAGUGCUGGGUUGGGGAAAAGAAUACGAUUCGAAUAUAGAUAUAUCAUGUACAUUACAAGAUAUUCAACUUGCAGAGAAAGUAAAGCUCGAUAGAUGGUGUGUCACGAUUAAUACCAAAGCAGGAUUCAGAACUCAGCAGAAAUCUAUGAAUAUGUAUAAUUAUUUAAGCGUGGGUGUAGAUGCGCAGGUCACAUUAAAUUUUCAUCGUACAAGAGAAAGUCGUUUUUAUCUUUUCAGUCAUCGAAUAUUUAACAAACUUCUCUAUUUAUGUUUUGGAACGCAACAGGUUGUGGAGAGAGAGUGCAAAGAUCUGGACCAAAGAAUCGAAGUAUAUUUAGAUGGUGAAAAAGUAGAAUUGCCGUCGAUUGAAAGUAUCGUAGUCUUAAACAUUCCAUCUUGGGGAGCUGGCGUAGAUUUAUGGAAUAUGAACCUCCAAGAUAAUCCAACAAAUCAGCAAAGUAUAUGCGAUGAAAAACUCGAAGUCGUAGCUUUAUAUUCUUCAUUGCAUAUUGCCCAAUUGCAAGUUGGCCUUUCUCAACCAAUUCGUCUAGGGCAAGCGAAAACCGUUCAAAUAGUAUUGAAAACUUCGUGUGCAAUGCAAGUAGACGGAGAGCCAUGGUACCAAUCUCCAUGUUCGUUUAAUGUAACCCAUGUAAAUCAAGCAUUAAUGUUACAGAGCAGCAGCCGUAAAUCAAAUUUUAAUUCAAGCUCCACGUCUUUAUAAGUUUAGUUCGUAAUCGAAAUUCGAAAACUAUUUUAAAUUUGCAAAUCG